UCUCGAUUAGAUUCCUCGUAACUUCUCCGUCACCGACUACUCUCUACUCUCCGCCGUUAUUCCCGGCGAACGAAUCGAAUCUCCGAUCCAGCCUCAGUCUCUCUUCCAUCUCCUCCACAGACGUAACCUCUGUCAUGGAUCCGUCGCAGCAGCGUGUUGAGCAGCCUCAGGUAACUACUCUCCCUCACGAUAACGAGGUUACGGAAUUAGAAUCGGAAUCCGGAAGCUGUUUUGUAGAGAAUAUAGAUCGUGAUAGUGAUUUUGAUGAAUCCGAUGACGAUGAUCGCGAUAUCGCAUCGAUCGGGAGUGAUAUUAGGUUAAUUACGAUCGAAUCUGGUUCUGAUGAUGAUCCUGAGGAUGAGAGGGAUGUAUGGGGAAUCAAUUUGAAUGAUGAUGAUGAUGAUGAUGAUGUGAGUGUGACUAUACAUUCACUCCAUGUAGAAGAUCUUGGAAAUGAAUUUGAUUGGGAAGAAGUUGAUGGUGGUGCUGACGUGGCACCGUUACUCUCUUUAGAAGAUUUAGGGAGAGGAGAGAGAAGAGAUGGAUCAGGGAAUCUUGAGUGGCAAGUUUUGAUGAACUCUCAUCAUACUCUAGAGAUCAAUUAUGACGUGGAGAACAGAGAGCUGUUCAUUGUUGGUGGUGAAGGUGAUCAUGAAGAUUAUAUUCAUACAGCUGAGUAUGAUAUGUUGUUUGAACAGUUUGCUCAAGCUGGGAUUACGAAUCUCCGUUUUCCUCCUGCUUCUGAAUCUUUUAUUAAGAAUCUCCCAGUGGUUGAGUUGGGUGUUGAGGAUGAUGAUUGUGCGGUUUGUAAAGAUGAGAUGAGUAUUGGGAGUGAAGCUGUUGUUUUGUUGCCUUGUAAUCAUAAGUAUCAUGGUGAAUGCAUUGUACCGUGGCUUAGGACGAGGAACACGUGUCCUGUUUGUCGGUAUGAGUUGCCUACUGAUGAUGUAGAUUAUGAGCAGAGGAAGAGUCAAAGAAGAAUAAGUAGUGAUUGAUAUAUGGUAAAUGAAUAUUGAAGAAUGUGUGUAUAUUCGAUGUUUGGAUUGAGUCAAGCUUUUUCUUUAGUUGUUUAUUUGUAUAUUGUGUUUCGCCUCGUGUGCUGGUUCAGGCUUUAGGAGGCUAGCUUUUACAUAGAGGAACAUGUGUAUGUAUAUAUUUGUUUGCUUAAAGAAAUUUUACUUAGUGUGACAGUAAUGAUACUAAUAUGUGUUAGACAUUUUAUCUAUAUUCUAUAAUGUUAGGUUAAUU